AUGGAAAAGACUAAUCCCAAAAUUUCGGACUCUGACGAUGCUCGUUCUCCUUCCGAGAAUGAGAAGCACGUCGAAGGCGGUGUACCUGUCGAUGUUGUCACUACCCCAGACCCAGAUGAAGGUCUGAGUGAAGAAGAGCGAAAGCAUAUUGACCGCAAAUUGCUCUGGAAACUUGACAUUCAGCUGAUCCCAUGGCUUUGCUUGCUCUACCUGAUUUCUUUCUUGGACCGGACCAAUAUUGGAAACGCCAAAAUCGACGGUCUUCAAGAAGACUUGAACCUGACCAACAACGAAUACAAUGAUACUUUGACAAUCUUUUUCAUUUCGUAUUCGCUGUUCGAGCCUCUCACCCAGAUUUUGUUGAAACGGUUUAAGCCGUCCAUCUUUCUUCCCACAAUCAUGAUUUUAUGGGGUAUCUGCAUGACCACAAUGGGUCUUGUCCACAAUUUUUCCGGCCUCAUGGCCGCACGAUGGUUCCUUGGGUUGACUGAAGCGGGUCUUUUCCCUGGCGUCAAUUACUACCUAUCUUGUUGGUACAGACGAUCUGAGUUCGGUAUUCGAGCGGCCAUCUUUUUUUCUGCGGCGGCUCUUGCUGGAUCUUUUGGUGGCUUGCUCGCCGCUGCUAUCGUCCAGAUGGAUGGGGUCCACGACUUCCCGGACGAAGCCAAAUUUCUCAGCGAAGAUGACCGGCGUCGUGUGAUUCGGCGCCUUAAACUAGACAAACAAUCUAGCGCUGAGCACGAAGCAUUCAAACUGCAGUAUUUCUGGGCCGCCGCCACGGACUGGAAGACCUGGACAGGCGCCAUGAUUUACAUGGGCUGUGAUGGUGCUCUUUAUGCGUUUUCUCUCUUCAUUCCCACGAUCAUUCAGCAAAUGGGUUAUAAGAGCAUACACGCUCAGCUGCUUAGCGUGCCGCCUUAUGCUGUGGCUGCGGCGGUAACGAUUUUCGUUGGGUUUAUUGCUGAUAGAACUAGAAUGAGAGGCUACUGCAAUAUGGUCAUGGCCUUGUUUGGCAUAGCUGGUUUUGGUAUGCUUCUAGGCUCGGGAGAACCGCACGUCCAAUAUGCAGGCACAUUCUUGGGUGCCAUGGGAAUAUACCCAUGCAUCCCAAACACGAUUACUUGGACAGCGAAUAAUGUCGAGGGUGUCUACAAGCGAGGCAUCGCCUUGGGAUUCGUCAUUGGAUGGGGCAACCUGAAUGGAAUCAUGUCUAGUAACAUCUACCGCGCACAAGACAAGCCUCGAUUCCGGCCCGGCCACGCCGUGGUUCUCGGCUACGAAGCUGUCUUUCUUCUAGGUGGCAGUAUCCUGCAGCACGUCCUGCUGAGAAGAGAGAAUGCCAAGCGUCGGGCGGGCGAGAGGGAUGUGUGGGUGGAGGGCAAGACCGAGGACGAGAUUGAGAAGUUAGGGGAUCAGAGGCCCGAUUUCAUGUACACCCUUUGA